UACACACCGGAUGUUGGCCGCCUGAACAUAUAGUAGAAGAAGAACAAAGGCUGUUGGUCUUGGUCAUUUACACAAUAACUACAUUGUUUUCAAAGUAUGCGGUAAGAAGUAAGACGCGCAGUGUUGCCUUUUCCUGAGCACGAUGGCUACUCAGAGAGUGCUCCCACAGAGCAAAGAGACUCUGCUACAAAACUACAACAAGAGACUGAAAGAUGACAUCAGGUCCAUCCUGGACAACUUCACAGAGAUCAUCAAAACAGCAAAGAUAGAGGAUGAGACACAGGUUUCCCGAGCAACCCAAGCGGAGCAGGACCAUUAUGAGAUGCACGUCAGAGCUGCCAACAUUGUGCGAGCUGGUGAGUCGCUGAUGAAGCUGGUGUCCGAUCUGAAGCAGUUCCUGAUUCUAAACGACUUUCCCUCAGUGAACGACGCCAUCAGCCUCCAGAACCAGCAGCUCCGCUCGCUGCAGGAGGAGUGUGACAAGAAACUCACCUCGCUCCGUGACGAGAUCGCCAUCGACCUGUAUGAGCUAGAGGAAGAAUAUUACUCCUCCAGGUACAAGUAGGCUCAUACUUGCCCCCAUCCCACCGCCCUGCACUGUUGUCCCAUGCCCAGCACCAUGUACUGUCUCACCUUUACCAUUCACUGCUGAGCCCAGGGAAGGGUUUCCUUCUGCCAACAUCUAAACCUGACACCUUUUGGGUUGAAUUUAUCUCAUCGUCAUAUCCAAACGGUACCAUUCAUCAACACAGAUCAUUGCUGAGGGUCGGUGUGAUGGAGAUCAUCUCACUAAGUGACUUUGUUGUUGAUUAGUAAGUGCCUUGACUUUUUUCUGCUCUACGACAUGUGUCAUAAUUGGUCAAAGUAGAGAGAACUUCAGAAUUAAAGGGGUAAACAACUGAAUAUUAGCUGUGUAAAUCUAUACAGUCCUUAAACUACCAAAGUGCGACAUGUAUUUUUAAGCAUUUAAUGCAGUUUAUUGAUGCAGUUUGAAAGCCAGGGGGCUUUUCAGGUUUACUUUAACAAUUCAGGACAGAAAGCUUUUGAUCUUGUGCUGCAUUUAUUACAAAAUGGUGGUUAGAUGUUUGAUUUCCUGGUCUGCAGCGUCCACUAGAGAGGUUUUAACAACUUUUAUCAGGCUCUUGCAAGAGAUUCAUGGUUUAGUGAAAUUUAAGAAAUGAGGCCUUUGAUCUUAGUUCUUUUACGACUAAAAUAUUCUGACUUGAAGUAAUGACCUGAGUUCAUUCAAAUCCAUGAAUUUAAAUCACUUUUCAUUUGUGGAUGAAAUGUUAGACGGUUGUGAAAAGGCUUCUGCAACACAAAGUUUUGUAGAAAACCCCCUUUAGAAGAAUUACUAAAACUAUAUCAGAUGAUUUUAUAGAUGAAUCAUUCAGUUUUAUUCAAGAUUAUUUAUAUGUAAUAUUUAAAUCAUAAAUGGAACCUGUAAAGUAGUUUGUAAGGAUGAAUGUUUGGUAAAGACUGUAAAAUUAGGCCUGAGUGUUUGCUCUUAUUUUUUCGAGGUUAAAUCUGAAACUACUUAAGAGUUUCCCCAAGGAGAAUUCUUUUUCUGUUAAAGCAAUUUGGUCAUUAUUUUUAAAUGACUCCGUCCUUAAGACCAGAAGUGACUCAAGCUGUAAACAUGCAAGCUGUGUCAACCACACAUGUACUUGUGUUCCGGUUUGUGCCAGCUGUUCCAGUAGUCCCAGAAUGAUUGAGAAAUAAAGUAGAGACAAAACACUGUA